AGCCCCGUGCUCCGGGGCCCCAGUACCGUUCAAAGAUGCAGGCUGCCGGGACGUUACGUGGUACCAGGGCCAUCUCUCUUCUGAUAUUGCUGGUACCUCUCAUUGGCUACGCCUAUUCGAUUCCUCUCCAAUACUUGCCUAGCAUCCCGGGCUACGUUCCGGUUUAUAUAAGGUACGGAGAUGAGCCGUUGGAGGAUAUAAAUCCCGAGUUGGCCGAAGCUUUCGGGGAGGCGUCGAGUUCGGCUAAGCUAGACAGCACGCUCGCUCAUGUGUCCGACAACUUUAAGGACAAUGAUAUAGACGCGCUAUUGGAAGAGGAGUCGGGGAAGCACGCUUAUCCGCUACGCGUUAGAGCAACGGAGAGCCGUUCGUUUACUACUGCUGACGAUGACAGGCAAUCGAACAAGCCGAAACUUUUGACUAUCUAUGAAUUACCCGAUGACAAUGACAACAGACGUAAUCGUAGGCGUAAUCGAAGCAGAAACAGGAUGAAAACCAGGAGAGAGCCCGCAAUUAAGGUCAGCCCAUUGUCCGAUGCGGAGAGAGACGAGUUGGAAAAGUUAGCUAUCGAAGUCGAGAAAGAGGAGACUAAACCAAAUGAACUCUUUGUGCCGAGUUCCAAGUCUUCCGAAUUACCUCACGCGACGACACGCAAUCGACAUAGAGCGCACAAAUUUAUCUCACCGAUAAAAGUGCAGAAUCCACUCGACGAAUCCUCGACGGAUCUCCCAGAAAUCCCUCAAGUUGAGGCUCGCUCGAAAUCCUCGAACAAUCGCAAUGUUGCUGCAUCCAAAACAGACAAAAGUGAGACCGAUGCUAGACCUAAAGCUGGCAAAAGGGAACCACCUAUCAAGGAGCAACGUCCAGCUACAAUUUUGUCGAAUGUAGAGAAACUUUCGCCCAUCGAUUUGCCGGACAAAAGUACAGCCGAAGAAAAUAAAACGAGGAAUUCCACAGAGACGAACGACGAGGUUGCGAUGGAGUAGACGAUCACCUUUAGGUCAAAUUCUUUUUUAUAACUUAUUUGUUGUAGUGAUACAAGGCCGGAGAGAAAAAGAAAACAUCAGCAUUUUCUCUCGUCAUCAGUUGUUCGAUGAAUUCAGAGUCGAUUUUUCUCAGCGGAAAAUUCAUGGGAAGCUGCAAUUUGACUGCAAUAUCUCAAUCUGCAAGAUUAAACAGUGGUUAAGUUCACCUAUCCAAAAUUUGAUAUUUUUUCAUGUAAUUACGAUAUGAUUGAGAACCUCCUAUCAAUUUGCCACGAAGGGAAAACUUGGUCUAAAUUCGUCGGAAGGCCUAUAGCCAGAGAAUAAUGUGAUUGGUCGUGGAUAUUAUGUGUAUUACAAAGAAACAAGAUCCAGGUAGAGGAGUCACCUGCGUGAAGAAGAAGCGCGCCUUUCCACGAGUUUUAGUUUGUACUAUUUAUGACGCGAUGACCUAUUUGAGGCAUCCCCAAGAAUAUAUUUCACUGCACAGUGGGCAUUACGGUCUCCUUGGUGGCUGUUACUGCUUCCGUGCUUGUAAAGUUUGUUUACACAUUGUAAAUUAUAGUAACGAUACGACAAGCAUUGUGUAAAGUUACUAGAACGUUUCUAAUAAAGCGCUGCCGCAGAUUAUGAGGAAAAA